AUGAGUAAUUAUGAUGAUCUAAAGUACAAAGAAGAAGAACUUAUGAGAAUGAAUUAAGAAUUAGAAUAAUAAAGAUAAGCUUUAAAGGAAGAUUAUGUAUGAUUUUAAUUGUAACAUUAUUAGAUGAAAUUCAAAAAUAAAGAUUCAAAUUACUAAGAUGAUAAUUAUGAUGAAAAUUUAGAUUAUGCAGAAAAUUAUGAUGAUAAUGAAUUUAAUGAUGUAUGAUUUUAUAUAUUAUAUCAUUUAGGUAUACAGAGAAGAUAGUGAUGAGGAAUUAUAAUAAUAAAAUAAUGAUUCCUCUGAAGAUGGAGACUUUAAUAAUGAAGUUGCUAUCUAAUAAAUGGUUAAUUAAGUUAGAAAUAUUAAAAGUGCUUAAUAAAAUAGAGAAAAUUAAUAACCUAUUAAAUAUGACGAUAAAAAAUAAGAAAUCUUAGAAUAAGAAUUAAUUGUAGAUGAGUAAAGUAAUAUUAUUACAUUAUAAAUAUAUAGAAAAAAUAUUAAGAAUGCAAAGUUUAAAAGCAGAAGCUUUGAAAUAAGAAUUAGAUAAUCUACUUUAAUAAAAUAAAAUGAAAGAAAAUUUGAUUUCAGAAAUUGAAUAGAAAGGUAAGAAUUUUAUUGAUUAAACUAAAAAAUAUACUUCACAAAUAGUAAAUUUGAAUGAAAAAUAUGAAUAAUUUAGAUAAAAAUUAUAAGAAUCUUAAUAAAAGACAAAAGCUAUUGAAAAAGAGAAUUUAGCAAUUACAAAAGAAAUUGAAUCUAUUAAAAAGGAAUAUAGAAAAAUAGAUGCUGAAGCUAAUAAAAAAGAUAUUGGAAUCAAUAGAACAAUUGAAUAAAUUUAAAAAUUAAAAUUAGAAUAAUAAAAAAAUAAAUUAUCCAAUAAUGAUAAAUAAAGUGAUUUAUCAUUGAAUAUUGACUAAUUCAAAAAAGACAAUUAAAGAAUUGAAUAAUAAAUAACUGAAUCACUUUAAGCUUUAAAAAAAUAGUUAAAAUUAAUAGAUAUUUUAAAAAGAUAACGAAUUCAUAUAAUAGCAGCAAGAAUGUUCUAAUUUAUAGAAACAGAUUUUACCAAAACUACUGAUCUUAGUAAUAAAAUAUAAUACUGA